AUGGCGACCUUCGCCAGGAUGAUGAAGGGCCAAGUGCGCAAUUAUUCCGCACCGCUGGACAUGGCCAUUCCUGCCGCCAAACAGAAAUACAUCCCCUCCUCCGGAACCUACCCCAAGGGAUUCAGCGUCUCGGGAACCCACGUGGGCGUGAAAGCUUCCAACACCAAGUUCCCUGACUUGGCCCUCAUCUCCUCCGAGACGCCGUGUUCGGCGGCCGCGGUGUUCACCACCAACAAGUUCCAGGCGGCCCCCGUUCAAGUGAGUCGGGAUAUCCUCAAGAACCGCCAGGGACAGGGAAUUCAGUCUGUGGUGAUCAACUCGGGCUGCGCCAAUGCCGUGACUGGCAAAGGCGGCUUGGAAGAUGCUGUGAGCAUGGGCAAGACGGUAGACGAGUGUAAUGGUCUCCACGAGCCUAGUACUCUUGUCAUGAGCACCGGAGUCAUUGGACAGCGUCUUCCCAUCUCCAAGAUCCUUGACAAGAUCCCCACCGGUCACGCCAACCUCUCCUCCACCCACGAUGCCUGGCUCUCCACUGCCCGUGCCAUCUGCACCACCGAUACCUUCCCCAAGCUUCUGUCCCGCACCUUUACGCUUCCCUCCUCGCCCGGGCGCACCUACAGCCUCGCCGGCAUGACCAAGGGAGCCGGUAUGAUCCACCCGAACAUGGCCACCCUGCUGGGCGUUCUCUGCACCGACGCCCCCGUCGAACCGUCCGCCCUGCAGUCCCUGCUGAAACACUCCAUCUCGCGCUCCUUCAACUCGAUCUCCAUCGACGGCGACACCAGCACCAACGACACGAUCGCCAUCCUAGCCAACGGCGCCGCUGGCGGAGCUCCCAUCAGCUCCUCCUCGUCGAACGACUACGCCGCCAUGCAGGAGGUGCUCACCUCGUUCUCGCAGUCCCUGUCGCAGCUCGUCGUGCGUGACGGCGAAGGCGCCACCAAGUUCGUGACGGUGCGCGUGCAGAACUCGCCCGACUAUGAAUCCGCCCGCCUCAUCGCCUCCACCAUCGCUCGGUCCCCGCUCGUCAAGACGGCCCUGUACGGCAAGGACGCCAACUGGGGCCGCAUCCUCUGCGCUAUCGGAUACACGCAGGGCGUCGCACCCGGAACCGUCGUCCCCGAGCAGACCAGCGUCAGCUUCAAGCCCGUCGACGGCAGCCCCAUCCUGAAGCUUCUUGUCAACGGCGAGCCUGAGCAGGUCGACGAGGAGCGCGCUAGUGUCAUCCUCCAGGAAGAGGAUCUGGAGAUUGUGGUGGACCUGGGCGGUGGUGAGAAGGGCCAGCAGGGUCUGGGAGGUGAAGAGGCGGUGUACUGGUUCUGCGAUUUCAGUCAUGAAUACGUGACGAUCAACGGCGAUUAUCGCACCUAA